AUGAAGGACGUCCGAGGCGUCGAGAACCCGGCUUUCGUCCCGUCCAGCCCCGAGCCCCCGCGCCGCGCGCCCGCCUCGCCCUCGCAGGUGGCCGUCUCGGCCCCGCCGGGCACCCGCCGCGGUGAGGGGGACACGCGGGAGCCCCCGAAGUCACCGGAGCCGCCGCCGCCGCCCUCGGCCGCUCCCGCCACCACCCCGCAGCCUCCCGGGAGCCCGGCGGGCUCGGAGCUCGAGGAGGGGCCGUGCGGGUGGAGGGACUGCCGCCCGCGCUGCCUGCAGCGCUGCAACACGCCGCGGGGCUUCCUGCUGCUCUACUGCCUGCUGGCCCUCACGCAAGGUAUUGUGGUGAAUGGCCUGGUAAACAUUAGCAUUUCCACUAUUGAAAAGCGCUAUGAAAUGAAGAGCUCCCUGACAGGCUUGAUUUCCUCAAGCUAUGACAUCGCGUUCUGUUUACUCUCUCUGUUUGUGUCCUUCUUUGGUGAAAGAGGACAUAAACCAAGAUGGCUUGCAUCUGCAUCAUUUAUGAUAGGACUGGGAGCACUGGUAUUUUCCUUGCCACAGUUCUUCAGUGGGACAUAUAAGCUGGGCUCCAUUUUUGAAGAUACUUGCUCCACAACAAGGAACAGCACCGGCUGUAUCUCCUCAACCUCUUCCCUGUCGAACUACUUGUAUGUGUUCAUUUUGGGACAACUGCUGCUGGGGACUGGAGGAACCCCUCUGUAUACCUUGGGAACAGCCUUCAUCGAUGACUCAGUGCCUACUCACAAAUCUUCUCUCUAUAUAGGCAUUGGCUAUUCUAUGUCAAUCUUGGGCCCUGCCAUUGGCUACGUGUUGGGUGGACAGUUGUUGACCAUGUACAUUGAUGUUGCUAUGGGACAAAGCUCUGAUGUCACUGAGGAUGAUCCCCGGUGGUUGGGCGCGUGGUGGAUUGGAUUUCUUUUAGCGUGGCUCUUUGCUUGGUCCUUGAUAAUGCCUUUCUCCUGUUUUCCAAAGCAAUUGCCAGGUACAGCCAAAAUUCAGGCUGGCAAAACUUCCCAGACACACCAGAAUAAGAGCACUUCCUUUCAGCACGUGGAUGAGAACUUUGGAAAAAGUAUUAAAGACUUUCCAAUGGCUCUAAAGAAUCUGAUGAGGAAUACUGUCUUUAUGUGUUUAGUUCUGUCAACUUCUUCUGAAGCAUUAGUGACUACUGGAUUUGCUACAUUUUUACCUAAAUUCAUAGAAAAUCAGUUUGGAUUGACAUCCAGCUUUGCAGCCACCCUUGGAGGGGCUGUCUUAAUUCCUGGAGCUGCUCUUGGUCAAAUUUUAGGUGGUGUUCUUGUUUCAAAGUUCAAAAUGACCUGUAAGAAUACAAUGAAGUUUGCACUGUUCACCUCUGGAGUGGCGCUUCUCCUGAGUUUUGUGUUUAUUUAUGCCAAAUGUGAAAAUGAGCCCUUCGCUGGUGUGUCUGAGUCAUACAACGGGACAGGAGCACUCGGAAAUUUGACAGCCCCUUGUAAUGCUCGUUGUAACUGUUUGAGAUCCUAUUAUUAUCCCCUCUGUGGAGGGAAUGGAGUCCAAUAUUUUUCUCCCUGCUUUGCAGGCUGUUUAAACUCUGUUUCAAAUAGGAAACCGAAGAUGUAUUACAACUGCUCCUGUAUCGAGGGGAAAGUAGACAUUGCACCUACCACAGAAAGUUUCAGUUUUGAAGCUAAAGCUGGAAAAUGUGAAACUAAAUGUAUGAACUUGCCCAUAUUUCUUGGCAUUUUCUUCAUUACAGUUAUUUUCACCUUUAUGGCUGGUACUCCUAUAACUGUGUCCAUACUGAGAUGUGUUAAUCACAGGCAACGGGCCCUAGCAUUGGGAGUACAGUUCAUGUUACUGCGAUUGUUGGGCACAAUCCCUGGACCCAUUAUAUUUGGUAUCACAAUAGACAGCACGUGUAUUCUCUGGGAUAUUAAUGACUGUGGCAUUAAAGGAGCCUGUUGGAUUUAUGACAAUAUCAAGAUGGCCCACAUGUUGGUAGCAAUAAGUGUUACUUGUAAAGUGAUCACCAUGUUCUUCAAUGGACUGGCAAUCUUUUUGUAUAAACCACCGCCAUCAGGCACAGAUGUGUCAUUUCAAAGCCAGAAUGCAGUUGUGUCUACUGUCUCAUCACAACAGGAGCUCAACAAAGCAGAAAAUGAAGGAUGAAAGAGAAAAAGAUUGUUUUGGAAAAUGGGCCUCCAUCUGUCGUAACCCACAGUGCAGCAACAGUGUCUACCUGACGUGGCUGAGUUCAUGUUUCACCAUCUCGUAUGAUUUUCAUCUGUAUAGGCACUCUUAUUUUAAUUCAAUACAAGAAAUAGGCUAGUGCCUUCUGGUUCAACAAAGGCUUACUUACCACACACGUUCUUACUUACUUUCCACUAAAUAUGAAAUCCUCAAAUAAUAACAACAAAAAGCCAGUAACCACUAGUUAAAUGUCUACAAUAGGAAAGUACUGAUUUUUUUAAAGUUUUGUUUGGUUUUGUUUCAUGUUGUUUUGGAUUUAAGUUCUAGCUCUAGCC